AUGUCCGGUCCACCUCGUCAUAACCCACCAGUUCUGCCCUCGACUUCACGCGAAAUCCCAAUCCCACUGCGACGCCGCAAACAACUCCGAGACCUCUUGAUCAGUUCGCCCACCGCCGGUCUCGAAACCGCCAUCGCCGCUUUGACAGACUAUCCUAUACCUACAACAAGUCAAGAAUCUCCUCUUCGACAUGCGAUCGUUGUCCUCGGUGUCCCUGUACUUGCUGACGGCUCUCUCAGCGAAGGCCUUCAACUCCGAACCGCCCGUGCGGCCCAGGUCGCUCAGCAACACCCCAGGGCAGUCAUCAUCGUGACCGGAGGGGCCGUGGCGAACAUACAUGGUGAAGCCGAGGCUAUGGCGAGGGAGUUGAUCAGGUUGGGAAUCGAAGAGAGGAAGAUCUGGGUGGAAGGCAAUGCGAGGACGACAUUGGACAAUGCGGCGUUUACGACGUGUCUGCUAGAGAGCAUCUGGCCGGUGUUUCGACCUGGAAAUCGAGGACAGCACCAGGAAAAUGAUCCACAACGGGACUCUGUUGAUUUUCACCUCACCUCGAAUCCUUCUAUCCACCUGACGAUCGUCUCCGAACCAUACCACGCCAUCCGGUCUCUCCGACACUUCGCAGCCGCCUUGACCCUCUCCGAGCUUCAAGCCCACGGUCAAGUGGUGCUGCACGCCGGGAUCUCCGAGAUGGGGAACGCGCCCAUUCCAGCAAUGUUUCACAACCCGAAUCGAGGCCGCGGUCGUGCUCGUGACGGUUCGAUCUGGAUCGGAGGGCUGAGGUUGAGGGGUGAAGUACGGGCGAGGCUGGAGAGGUGUUUGGAGGAGAAGCGUAGGAUCGCUUUUCUAGGAUUCGACCCCCAUGAAGAUGGCAUUCCGAAUAGGACCCAGAUGACACGAAUCUGCUGUCGAUGUAUCGCCAAGAGGGAAAACGAAAUCUCAACGUAUAAUGACUCAGUCACAAGGAUGUCGUCAGGAAAGCUUGCGAUUGAUCUCCGCGUUGACGGAGGCGGACCCUACCGGAAGACGGACAAGGGUCACGUCAAGACCGACGCAUAA